GCUAUGAGUGUUUGUAAGUAGAGUUUUGACCCCCCCCCCCUCUCUCUCUCUGCUAGUUAUUGUUCGAGUUUUGCUAUGAUUUGGUUCUUAACAGUCCCAUAGCCGCUUAGACUCUCUCUCCAAAACCCUCUUUGUAUAUGCACUUAACUUACCGAUCUCCUUAUUUCAUCAUCAUUUCUUUUUCCUGGCCUGUUUCUUGUUUUAUUCUGUAUUUACUUGAAAAAAUAAAGCACAAGUCGCAAUCUUUUUAUAUUGUCUAUCGCCAGAUCUCUACCUAUCAAACUGUUUUGGUGGGGUGCUGGUGUUAAUGGAUUGGAACUGCCGCAGAGAUCAAAACUGGUAUUGUGGUGAUUUUGAUGUAACAAGGAACUACAUUUUCGGCUUCGAAGUGGUCUAGAACAAUUCUUUGGUGAACUUAUUAAGGAGGCUCUUGAUUUGCUAGCAAUCGCUUCAUUUUUGAACUCCUGCGUGUAAUUUGAUAAAAGGGUUUUUCUGAUUCUUGUAAAUAACAAGCUUUUACCCUUUGUAUGGAACUUUGGAACGAUAAUUGAAUAUUUUUGUGAUCAUCUCAAUGGGGGGGCUUUGCUCGAGGCGCUCGACUGUAGAUAAUGCUCCCAGUGGAGGCUUUCCGCAGUUGAAUGGUCAUUUUAGUCAUGGGUCUGGUUUGGUUUAUCAGACUCGUGAAUUGAAAAUAGAUAACAACGCAAAUCCAUCUCCAAUUGUGGAGAACGUGGAUAAUAAGCAGCUACGAGAACCGUUUUCGUUUCCGGAAGUGACCGUGGUUCAACAUGAGGUGAAUCCAGAUGUCAUUGAUGAUGGGGUUCCUCGCUUGUCAAGGGCUCUAUCCAAUAAAUCCGGAUCAACCAAGUCCAAUCUGGCGGCUGUUGCAAAGGUCUCAGAAGUGAGCUCACUGUUAGGCAGAGCUGGUACUGCUGGGCUUGGGAAGGCAUACAAUGUAUUGGACACACUUGGUAGUAGCAUGACCAAUUUAAAUCCUAGCAGUGGUUUUACCUCAGGGCUGACGACAAAAGGGGAUAAGAUCUCAAUUUUAGCUUUUGAAGUUGCAAACACAAUUGUUAAGGGUGCUAAUCUAAUGCAAUCCCUUUCAGAAGAGAACAUUAGACAUUUAAAAGAAGUUGUGCUCCCCUCAGAGGGGGUGCAAAAUCUAAUAUCUAGAGAUAUGGAUGAACUCUUGAGGCUAGCAGCAACUGAUAAGAGAGAAGAACUGAAAGUUUUUUCUGGAGAAGUUGUGCGUUUUGGGAACCGUUGCAAAGAUCCUCAGUGGCACAACUUGGACCGAUAUCUUGAAAAGUUGGGUUCAGAAUUGACACCUGAAAUGCAAUUGAAGGAUGAAGCAGAGACAGUUAUGCGACAAUUGAUGAAUUUGGUUCAGUAUACAGCAGAACUGUAUCAUGAAAUGCAUGCCUUGGACAGAUUUGAACAAGAUUACCGGCGUAAGCUUCAGGAAGAUGAUAAAACAAAUGCUGCUCAAAGAGGGGACAGUCUUGCUAUUUUGAGGGCAGACUUAAAGAGCCAAAGGAAGCAUGUGAAAAGCUUGAAGAAGAAGUCGCUUUGGUCUAAGAUUUUGGAAGAGGUGAUGGAGAAGUUGGUAGAUAUUGUCCAUUUCUUGCAUUUGGAGAUUCAUGAAGCCUUUGGCAGUGCUGAUAGCGAUAGACCAGUAAAAAGUUCUUCGAACCAUAAAAAGUUGGGGCCUGCUGGUCUUGCAUUGCAUUAUGCAAAUAUUAUCACCCAAAUUGAUACUCUUGUGUCCCGAUCAAGUUCUGUGCCUCCAAAUACAAGGGAUGCUUUGUACCAGGGGCUACCACCAAAUAUAAAAUCUGCUUUGCGCUCUAAAUUAUUGUCAUUUCAAGUUAAGGAAGAGCUUACAGUCUCACAAAUCAAAGCUGAAAUGGAGAAAACUUUGCAGUGGCUUGUUCCUAUUGCUACUAACACAACCAAAGCUCAUCAUGGAUUUGGUUGGGUUGGAGAAUGGGCGAAUACAGGGUCUGAGGUGAAUCGUAAACCUGCUGGACAGACCGACUUGCUCAGGAUAGAGACACUACACCAUGCAGACAAGGAGAAGACUGAAACUUAUAUUCUUGAAUUGGUGGUUUGGCUUCACCAUCUUGUCAGCCAAGUAAGAGCUGGCAAUGGUCCCAGAUCUCCUGUUAAAUCUCCGAUUCGGUCCCCAAAUGAGAAAACAAUUCAGUUGUCUACACAAAAGCCAAGCUCCCCAUCCCCCACAUUGACAAUUGAAGACCAAGAGAUGCUUCGGGAUGUGAGUAAGAGGAAAAAGACACCUGGGAUAAGCAAGAGUCAGGAAUUUGAUACUGCUAAAACCAGGUUAAGCAAGCAUCAUCGGCUGAGUAAAAGUAGUAGCCACUCGCCAAUGGGUGAAACUAGAAAAGAUCCGUUUCCCAUUAGAAGGCCAUCUUCUGUUCCUGUCAUCAACUUUGAUGUAGACUGGAUCAAGGCCUUGGAUGUUAUUGACCGAGUGGACACAAUAAGAAGCUUCUAGUUGUAUCACCAUGAAGGUCAAGAUGCAGAGACAAAGGUCUGUGCUUGUGAAAAUCGAGAAGGGUCCAAUCAAAUGCAAAUUUUCCAAAUCGGGGGUUUUGUCUUUGGUUUGUGGUGGGAAGAUUUCAUGUCAGUAGGCAGACGAUGAGUGAUAAAAGUCCUUUCUUUUUUGUAUGUGAGAAUUUAAGUUGGUGAGUAUAUGGGGGGUAGGGGGGGUAUUUAAUUGUUUUAAAGGAUAUUAGGCUAUAGUUUUUGUUAGUUGUAUAUGUACAGAAUCAGUUCAUAAUAAUUGAAGUUCAUGUUCCUUUCCA